CAAUUCCCAGCGGGCUGUGCGCGAGAGGGCGGGCGAGUUCGUCUCCCGGAAGUCCGCUCUAGCCCUCGGUCCCCCAACAGCUGCCAGAGCCGGAGCCGCCCAGAAGCCGCGGGACCAGGGCCGCUGGGGUCCGGACGGGGGUCGCCAUGAUCCGCUUCAUCCUCAUCCAGAACCGGGCAGGCAAGACCCGCCUGGCCAAGUGGUACAUGCAGUUUGAUGACGAUGAGAAGCAGAAGCUGAUCGAGGAGGUGCACGCCGUGGUCACUGUCCGAGAUGCCAAACACACCAACUUUGUGGAGUUCCGGAACUUCAAGAUCAUUUACCGACGCUACGCCGGCCUCUACUUCUGCAUCUGUGUGGACGUCAACGACAACAACCUCGCCUACCUGGAGGCCAUCCACAACUUUGUGGAGGUCUUAAACGAAUAUUUCCACAAUGUCUGUGAACUGGACCUGGUGUUCAACUUCUACAAGGUUUACACGGUCGUGGAUGAGAUGUUCCUGGCCGGCGAAAUCCGAGAGACCAGCCAGACGAAGGUGCUCAAACAGCUGCUGAUGCUGCAGUCGCUGGAGUGAGGGCUGGCCGGCCCCUCCCGCCCCCGGUCCCGCCCCCGGUCGAGCCUGCUCCCUUCCCCUUUCCAGGCCCGGGGCCCACCCCAGCGGCCCCCUCCCUCAGCUGCCCCGGAGGAAGGCAUCCAGCCGGGUCUGGUCCACAAGGGAGGGGGCCGCCCCCCACGGCCUCUGGGCCCCAGCUGUGGGUGGAGGCCACUCGCGUGUACCGAGUAACCAUGCCGUUGUCGUGUGAUGCCGUGAGUGCGUGCGUGGAGCCCCCAGUAAACCUGUGGUCCCCGCCUG